AUGACUACAAGAGCAAGAGCUUCAACCACUCCAUUAGAGUGUAAUAUCAAGCUCAUAAAUGCUGACUUCACUCAAGAUGUGCAAUGUUUAAGUCAGUUUAUGCAAAAGCCAAAGAUAUCUCACUGGAAUGCAACUUUGAGGGUGGUUAGAUACAUCAAAGUAACACCAGGUUUAGGACUGCUCAUGAGUUCUGAGAAGCAGCCACACUUAGUUGGCUUUUGUGAUGCAGAUUGGGCAUCAUGCCCAAAUACAAGAAGAUCUAUUACUGAAAACUUAUUGAAGUAUGGAAACUCACUCAUUUCCUGGAAAUCUAAGAAGCAACAUACAGUCUCUCGAAGCUCUACAGAGGCAGAAUAUAGAAGUCUUGCUACACUUACAACUGAGACGAGAGUGAAAAAACAGAAACAGCAUAGGAAAGCUUUGAAGUUUUAUACAGCUUGUUUUGGGUUUAGAGAGCCGUUUCAAAUCCUCUGUGAUGGAACAUUGGUGCAUUAUCUUGUUGGUAAUGGCAUAACACCUAAUACUGCAUUGGAAAAUAGUCUUGGCGCCACAGUUGAACUUUUUACAACCAGAUGCAUUCUUUCGGAGUUGAAGAACCAUGGGAGUCCCGAAGCACUGGAAGCAGCUAAAAAUCUUUGUACUGAUGCACGAUGCGGCCAUGAGACACAGAAAAGUGCUGAAGAUUGCAUAACUGAAGUAAUUGGGCAGAACAAUUCUCAAAACUUUUUUGUUGCUACUCAAGAUGGUGAUUUGCGUGGAAGUCUUCGAAAGAUACCUCGUGUGCCCCUAAUAUCUGCUCUGGGGAAGAAAUUAUUUCUCGGAAAACCUUCAUCAUCUCAACGUCAGUUUGCCAAAUCUUCUGAAGAAGAACGUCUUCAUAUAACUGACCUGGAGGCUCAGAUUAUCAAUACAAAUGUUGAGAGCAAGGAUAAAGUUCGCAAGAGAAAGAGAGCUAAGGGUCCAAAUCCACUUUCAGUACUCAAGAAGAAAAAGAAGCCCGUGGUUACAAAUGAUAAGAAGUUGAAUAAUGAUGAGGGAAGUGUGAAAAGGAAGAGGAUAAGGAGGAGAAGGAAGACGUCACAGAAAGUUGUUGAAGGCAUCCACCAGGAGGAGAGUGGUGAGCAGGAUUGGGAGAGGGAGGAGAGAGAGGGAGCUAUAUCAUGGCAGUCGAAGUUGCAGAAGUGUGUUGCACUAUUUACAACUGAAGCUGAGUAUAUUGCGGCUACUGAAGCCGGCAAGGAGAUGAUAUGGCUAAAGCGAUUUCUUUCUGAGCUUGGUUUGCAUCAGAUGGAGUAUAUUGUCUAUUGUGACAGCCAGAGUGCAAUAGACUUGAGCAAGAACUCCAUGUACCAUGCAAGGACAAAACACAUCGACGUCAGAUAUCAUUGGAUUCGUGAGCAAGUGGAGAGUGAAUCACUUCACGUUAAAAAGAUUGACACAAGUGAAAAUCCUGCGGAUAUGUUGACUAAGAUGAGAGUGAAAAAACAGAAGCGGCAUAGGAGAGCUGUAACGUUUUACAAAGCUUGUUUUGGGUUUAGAGAGCCGUUUAAAAUCUUCUGUGAUGGAACAUUUGUGAAUUAUGUUGUUGGUAAUCGCAUAACACCUGAUACUGCAUUGGAAAAUAUUCUUGGCGCCACAGUUAAACUUUUUGUAACCAGAUGCGUUCUUGCGGAGUUGAAGAGCCUUGGGAAAUCUGAAGCACUGAAUGCAGCUAAAAACCUUUGUACUGCACGAUGCGGCCAUGAGAGGCGGAAAAGUGCUGAAGAUUGCAUAACUGAAGUUAUUGGGGAGAACAAUUCUGAACACUUUUUUGUUGCUACUCAAGAUGCUGAUUUGCGAAGAAGUCUUCAAAAGAUACCUGGUGUACCCGUAAUUUUUGCUCUGAGGAAUGCAUUAUUUCUCGAACAACCUUCAUCAUUUCAACGUCAGUUUGCCAAAUCUGCUGAAGAAGAACGUCUUCAUAUGACUGACCUGGAGUACAAUAUGCUUAGACAAAUGAAAAAGAGGAGAUUGUCCGAUGACAAACAAGGGGAUUCUUCCGUUGCAUCAGAGGAAAGGAUAAUUGAUGUUUCACAGGCUCAGAUUAGCAAUACAAAUGUUAAGAGGAAUGGAAGUGAUGUCAAGGAUAAAGUUCGCUUCAAGAGAAAGAAAGCUAAGGGUCCAAAUCCACUCUCAGUACUCAAGAAGAAAAAGAAGUCUGUGGAUACAAAUGAUAAGAAGGUAAAUACAGAUGAGGGAACUGUGAAAAGGAAGAGGAAAAGGAAGAGAAGGAAGACGUCACACAAAGAUGUUGUUGUUGAAGGCAUCCACCAGUAA